CGUAACUUGCUCUCCGCCAUUACGCUGCCGACAUGCGUAUAGAAAAGUGCUAUUUCUGCUCCAAGAGCGUAUACCCUGGUCAUGGCAGUGCGUUCGUAAGAAAUGACGCAAAGGUAUUCCGUUUCUGCACCUCAAAAUGUCACAAGAACUUCAAGAUGAAGCGCAACCCGAGGAAAGUACGGUGGACGAAGGCUUUCCGUAAAGCCGCUGGGAAGGAGAUGACGAUCGACUCCACGAUCGAGUUUGAGAAGCGUCGAAAUGUCCCUGUACGCUACGACCGCGAGCUGGUUGUGACGACGGUGAAGGCGAUGAAACGGGUUGCGGAGAUCAAGCAGCGGAGAGAGCAUGCGUUCUGGAAGAACAGAAUGGCCGCAAGCAAAGAGAAGCUGCGCACGCACCGGAAAAAGAAGCUGGAGGCGGCGAAGAAGGCCUCAGUCAAGCUUGUGGAGCCCAUGGCCAUCGAGUCCCCAGAAAAGGAGAAGAUUCGCGAGAAAAUCAAAGUGUCUGCAAAGUCUCGCAGCGCUCUGAUCCCAGGAGAGGGUCGUUCGAUGGGUAUGGAGAUCGACUGA